CAUAUACUGUUUAUAAAAAAAAAUUCCAAACAGUAAUCAGACACUCGCAGAAGCAAGAAAGGUUCUGUGAUUAGCGAAGCCAUGGCGAAAGAAACUUUAGCAACACGAAACCCAGAUGUUGUUCACGCCGACGUGCUCUCUGCUUCAAGACAAUCUUGCUAUAAGGCUCGAGAUGCAUUCUAUGCUUGUUUGGAGAAAGAAUCAGAUAAGAAACAGACUGAAAUUGCAUCCAAGGGUCUGUUAUACCCAACAGAGUGUAAACCAGCCAGGGAACAGUUCGUCCAGAACUGCCGUUCUUCUUGGGUGAAGCAUUUUGAUGCGUUGCAUUGCAAGAGCAGAAGUUUGAAGAGGCUUUUGGAAGAUAAAGAAUCGAGGAGAGGGUCGCGUUUAUGAAUUUUGGCAGGGGUAUAAGGUCUUCACUUGGCCCCUCUAGGCGGAUGGAAUCAUCCGGGCCAGUUACUAGCAUGCUGCUAAAUUCCUUCUAUCUGUUGGAGCAGAAGGCGUAUAACAGAUUUAAGGCUUGCAGAGAUGUUACUGUCGGCUCCAGAUUCUGUUGGAGUAAGAAACUAAAUGGAAACAAUGACAAUUUUAAUUUGAUAAGAUAUGUUUCUUGCAUAAUUAACGGAUGAAAAACUAAACGUUGUGGUUGAUGGGCUUCUGUUGUUUGGUUUGAGCUUUGGCACAUUAGAGAUAUCUAGGCAAUCCUGUGAAGGUACCAUGUGUCCAUGUUAGUGUUCUGCUCUCAAGGAGUCAGAGACCCCUUUGGGUUGGUUUAUAUAUGUUUUAGUACAUAUGACAUAUUUAUUUCUGUUAAGUCUAGCUUAUGGGUUCUUUUGGGAUUCAACUGGUUUAAUAUUAGAGGCUAAAUAUGUGCCAAUACCAUGGUUGCGAUAGUGGACAAUUACUUGGAUGAAGAUUAAUCAAAUUUGUAAAUGUUAGAAGCAGUUAUUCUGUAUAAUUUUUAGGCGUCCAAAUUGAUCCACCAUGGAGGUCGAUAGAUUCUGCUAUGUUACUACACAAAUGGCCUUUUAUAUGUCUAAAUGAUAGAAUUAGGUUAGCCAGAAGCAUUAUUUUGCUCCAUAUACCAAACAGGAGCUGACUCUGAGGAGAAGACUGUAGGUUAUCGCAGAUUUGCGCACGUGGGAACAUUUCUGGGAGCCAAAAAAUCAAUUAUUGAUUCACAGUAAUCUCUUGAAGGAAUAUUUUUUGUUGAGGCAUGUAGAGAUUUAAGAGCUAGUCCCUGUUGUGUA